GCGUUUCAGUCGAAGGAAAGAAGUCGAUAUAGUCUGAAUCAAGUCGAGUCGGUCCGCGGUCGGGAGAGAGAGAAAGGUUGUUUUCUUCCAUUGAAAUUGGUUUCAAUUUGUUUACCUUUCUCUCUGACUAUAUAUCCUCAUGUCGUUCGAAAAGGGGGAUUAGGGCUUCGUAUUUAUCCUCCGAUCGCAAGACAUUCUAACUUCCAUUCUCCGAUAAUCGAAGAUCCAGUGGCCAAAGGAUUAAAAAUCGUCUGGAGAUGGGAGAUCAAAUUGCAAGGGCGGACGAUUUCGAGAAGAAAGCAGAGAAGAAGCUCAGCGGUUGGGGCAUAUUCGGCUCCAAAUUCGAAGACGCGGCCGAUCUGUUUGACAAAGCUGCUAAUUCUUACAAACUUGCUAAAUCCUGGGAUAGAGCUGGGGCUACGUAUGUCAAGCUUGCAAACUGUCAUCUGAAAUUGGACAGCAAACAUGAGGCGGCACAAGCUUAUGUUGAUGCUGCUCACUGCUAUAAAAAGACAUCCACAAGCGAGGCAAUUUCUUGCCUAGUUCAGUCAGUGGAAAUGUUUUGUGACAUUGGAAGGAUCAGUAUGGCUGCAAGAUACAACAAGGAAAUUGCUGAAUUAUAUGAAUCAGAAGCAAAUAUAGAGAAGUCGAUCGAGUUUUAUGAAAAAGCUGCUGAUUUUUUCCAAGGUGAAGAAGUAACAACUUCUGCCAACCAGUGCAAGCAGAAAGUAGCUCAGUUUGCUGCGCAAUUGGAACAAUACCCAAAGGCAAUUGAGAUCUAUGAAGAGAUUGCACGCCAUUCUCUCAGUAAUAACUUGCUCAAGUAUGGAGUUAAAGGUCAUCUUCUGAAUGCUGGGAUUUGCCAUCUCUGCAAAGGUGACGUUGUUGCGAUUACCAAUGCGCUUGAGAAAUAUCAGGAUUUGGAUCCAACAUUUUCUGGAACUCGUGAAUACAGAUUGCUAGCGGAUCUUGCUAGUGCCAUCGACGAGGAAGACAUUACAAAGUUCACGGAUGUGGUCAAGGAAUUUGACAGCAUGACCCAACUGGACUCGUGGAAGACGACCCUUCUCUUGAGGGUGAAAGAGAAGCUGAAGGCCAAGGAGCUAGAGGAGGACGACCUCACAUAAUUUCGUGAGACCCAGCCUUGUAUCUUAUUUCGGUGUCUCACUGAUGAUCAAUUACAUGAUUUUAUUUGACGGGUUUGGUAUCCAGUCCGCUGUCGUCUGUCUAUCUCCAUUAUCGUUUUAUUUUCUUGGCUUGAGAUUCGAUGUGAGUGUGCUUCACUGCUUUGUAAUUGGUAGUAGUAUCUGGUUUCCGAUGUGGAUUUAUCGACACAGAAAUAUAUUGGCUGAGAAAACUCUUCUUGAUUUAAAGCACGACAGUGUAACUCUGCGGUUUGGUUGUGGAACACGUCGGUCAUAGUGCACCUCUUGAAUAGGAAAGUACUAGUAAGUUAGGAUGGCAAUUUGAACUUGUCUAGGGUAUUAUUCAAUAUGAUCCGUGUUAGGGUGCAUGGUAAUUAGAGCUUGUCUCGUUGGUAUUAUUCGAUAUGAUCCAUGGGUAUUACUUGAUCAGUGAGCUGAAAUGCAUAGAUACGCAGUAACCAAUGAUUGUGAAAUUGUACUGGAUAAGUUUGCUACAAGAUAUUUUAUACUGAAAUCGUGGUUCAGUUAUUACAAGAUAUUUUAUAUUGAAAUCGUGAUUCAGUUAUUUCAUAUGGUUAAUGUCCUACUGAUUUAGAUUCUGGGAGGAAGUUUUUCAGGACUAGGCAAUUGGGUUAAUAAUGUGAUCCUUAGUUG